AUGGAUCUUGCGGGGAAAAGCAUCGAGACCCUGAACGGUCCUGCGGAAGGAUCAAGAUGUCUUCUCCAGGCUCACGGGGAACGGCGACCGCCGACAGCCUCAGAUCUAGCAGUCAAGUGCUUGGUUAUGCUUGACUACUCGAUUCUUCACGGAAGGCGUGCGGGGGCGUCCACUAGACAUGGGUCGGUGGAGAGUUGCACCGGGUGCCCUCAUGAUCGGACUUCAGGACUCUUCUGGACCAAUGGUUACAUUGUGUGUCUAGCCUCAUAUAAACCGGCGGACGGCAUGGAGGCUAAGAAAGCGGCCCCCAUCCAUUCCUUCGCAUCCUUCAGUCUUCCCGCUGAUGGCUCUCACCCAGGCCAUUCAAGUCAUCUCCGACUCUCAACUAAGUGCAUUGAACAACGGGUGGCGAGGCACAUUCGUGUGCGACACCCAGUUCCUGUUUGCAAGUUCACGCUAUUCGUAGGAUGUUGGUCUCCGGCCUCGAUUUUCAGACCGGAACCUGAUCCUCAAUUCGUUGAAUUUCAGUGGCAAUGUGCAUUAGCGCUUGCGAAGAUUCAGACCAGACCUCUUGUGAUGGUAAUGUGUACUCUGAGGUGCACCAUGAGGCUUCACCUGGGGCCAAACAUCACAUCGGUGGAGGUAUAAAGGGGAUGGGAAAUCCACGGCAUACAGCCCCUCUUGCCAGGCCAUUAAGUCUCUUUGACAUUCUCACUUGAAACCCCAAAAAGCUUCGUUCAUCAUUAUUUCACCAUGACUAUUGAAA